CAUCCUUUAAAGCGGGGUUUAAAUCUGGAGAGAUUCAGAGCCCAAACAGAGACGAAGUUCUCUCUCUCUCUACUGACAUACUUCCUCUUCUCUCACCCUUUGCUUUCUCUCUCUUACAAUUUGUCCAACUCUUCUCUCGCUGUCAAAUCCACACGCAGUUCACCCCUUUUCUCACUCUGAAACCUCAAUCCUUCUCUACCACUAUUCAUUUCGCCUUGGUUUCUUAACCCAAAUCAAUUCAUUUAUAUAUAUAUAUAUCGCUCGGCUUCUUUUCUGGGAUAAUCUCAUUUGUUGUUUCUUUCUAGCAUCACUGGGCGGCCAUGGCGAUUGCUGCCGCAGCCGUCAUCGUGCCAUUGGGAUUGCUCUUUCUCGUCUCUGGCCUUAUCGUCAAUGUCAUUCAGGCAAUUUGCUUUGUCCUCAUCCGGCCUUUGUUCAAGAAUACAUACAGACGGAUCAAUAGAGUGGUAGCAGAGUUGUUGUGGCUGGAGCUUGUAUGGCUUAUUGAUUGGUGGGCAGGCGUUAAGAUCCAAGUAUACACAGAUCGUGAAACUUUUCAGUCAAUGGGUAAAGAACAUGCUCUUGUAAUAUGCAAUCACAGAAGUGAUAUUGAUUGGCUGGUUGGAUGGGUUUUGGCUCAGCGGUCGGGUUGCCUUGGGAGCACAUUAGCAGUGAUGAAGAAAUCAUCAAAAUUUCUACCGGUGAUAGGUUGGUCAAUGUGGUUCUCUGAAUACCUUUUUCUGGAAAGAAGCUGGGCAAAGGAUGAAGGCACAUUAAAGUCAGGAAUUCGACGGCUAAAGGACUAUCCCUUGCCCUUCUGGCUGGCUCUUUUUGUUGAGGGGACACGCUUCACACAGGCAAAACUUUUAGCGGCCCAGGAAUAUGCAAUCUCGACAGGUCUGCCUGUUCCUAGAAAUGUUCUGAUUCCUCGUACCAAGGGCUUUGUUUCUGCUGUAAGUCACAUGCGUUCAUUUGUUCCAGCUGUUUAUGAUGUAACAGUUGCCAUUCCCAAAACAUCUCCUCCACCUACAAUGUUAAGACUCUUCAAGGGGCAACCAUCUGUGGUACAUGUGCACAUCAAGCGGCAUGUGAUGAAGGAUUUGCCUGAAAGUGAUGAUGCUGUUGCACAAUGGUGCAAAGACGUAUUCAUUGCCAAGGAUUCUUUAUUGGAUAAACAUAAAGCUGAGGACACCUUUGGUGAUCACGAAUUGCAAGACACGGGUCGUCCGAAAAAAUCUCUUGUGGUGGUUGUAUCUUGGGCAUGUCUCCUUGCAUUCGGGGCUUUGAAGUUCUUCCGAUGGUCUUCACUCUUAUCAUCAUGGAAGGGCAUUGCACUCUCAUCCUUCUUUUUGGGGAUAGUUACCAUCCUUAUGCAAUUCUUGAUUCUCUUCUCUCAGUCAGAACGUUCAACUCCUGCCAAGGUGGCUCCGGCAAAGAACAGGAACGACGGAGAGCGUGCGCAAUCUGCAAGACAAGAUAAACAGAACUAAAUUACUGCUUCAAUCGCCCAACAUUGGCUUCAAAUUCUAAGGUCAUGAUAUGAAACUUGGUAUAGCAUGUAACCUUCUCAUGUAUGUUUGUUAAAAGGCCUUCUUACCUUAGUGUGAUCUCAUUUUUAAAUAUUAUGCUUUUUUUUAUCCCCUUUUUGUACAACAUAGUGGGUAUGCAUAUUGGUUCGUUUCUUUGCUCUAGUUGAUUAGGAUAAAUGUUGUACUCUUUAAAGAGGAUUGUAGAAUUAUUACUGAAUUAGCAAUUUAGGGCUGGAAAAGCCACACGUGCAGUUCCUUUUGUAUUUCCAUUUUAGGUUGAAAGGUGUAAUAGGUGAAAAGUGGAUUACUUCUACUUUUUCUUUGCAGAUUGAUCACUUUCCUAUGAUCAGUUUCAGUUUUUCUUUCCCUUUGUUUUA